AUGGAAUCGACGAAGAUGGACGCCGAGGCGCUGCGAGAGAAGCUCGUCGCGGUGCGAGAGAAGACGCAGGAAGCGAUGAAGAAGAUCGAGGUGCCCAAGGUGGAAGAUUUGAGAAUGCUCAUAGAAGACAUACGACAAGAGCAAACGGAAGCGAAAUAUCAUCCAGAUCGGCGAAGACUGGAGAGCGUGGCGGAUUUUUUUGCGUACACGGAGGAAGAAGGAAGAAAGUUUUUCGACGAAGUGGAUCGAUCGAAAAAGGGCAAGCUGACGUUGGAUGAUUUAAAGUUUGCGAUGAAGAAGAGGAAUUUGCCGCAGUCGUACGCAAAGUCAUUCAUGGAAAAGGCAAAGGGGCCCAAGAUUUUCGCGCGAACGAUCACGUGGGGCGAUUUUCAAAGCGUGAUGAACGAGCGAGAGUCGACUAUGUUGCGUACGUUUAACUCGAUGUCCGCCUCGCGGAACGGGCUGUUAAAGACGUCCGACGUAAAGCAAGUGCUCGAAGGUUUAGGUUUGGCCGCCACGGACGAAAACGCACGAGCAAUGGUGCGGCAUUUGCGAGGAAGUUCGGAGUAUUCACGACAGGGCUACGUGACGUACG